AUGGAACCAUCAAGCGCAACAAAAGGCUUCUUCCAAGCCCAUCCCUCAAUACCGCCGCAGUACCUCGAAGAUCGCGCUCUCAGCCGAAUCAUCAACUUUCAUCUCCCCACGCCAACACCCUCCUCAAUAUCAGAUGAUCUUUUGCGGUUUUCGCGACUAGUCCUCUCCAAACAUGUCUUGGGCUACGUCGCUGACGCAGAAAAAAAUCUCCCUUACCUGAAACCGUUGACUUCGUUCGGGGAGGAGAAUAGAGAUGAUCCCUUAGUUACAAGCGAGGGAUGGAGACGAUUACAAGAGAUCGGUAUCCAGGAGGGUAUUGUUGCGCUUGCAUAUGAGAGGGACGGUAACGAAGGAUGGAAUCCGAGAAUUAGUCAGUUUGUCAAGUACCAUAUCUGGAGCGGAAGUUCAGGGAUUGUGACUUGUCCCAGUGCGAUGACUGAUGGGGCUGCGAAGUUGUUGGGCAAGCAUCUUAAUGACAACUCUGAGACGAAUGAGGUGUUCAAACGCGCGCGAGAGAGACUGAUCAGUCGCGAGAAUGGGUACGCGUGGACGAGUGGGCAGUGGAUGACUGAGCGGAAAGGAGGAAGCGAUGUUCGCGGUACAGAGACCAUCGCUAUUCGAUUAUCCUCUGAACAAGCCCGUGAUAGCGGCUUAGAUGCAGACGGCCAACCCCUCGGCCCCUGGCGCAUCGAUGGAUUCAAAUGGUUCUCUUCCGCAACAGACGCAAACAUGACCAUCCUCCUCGCCAAGACAGGCGACAACCAAAUCAGCGCUUUCUACGCACCAUUGCGACGAAGAGUUAACAAUACCACCGCACAAACAGAGCUCAAUGGAAUCAAGAUUCAACGCCUCAAAAACAAACUCGGUACAAAGGCCCUUCCAACCGCCGAACUCGAGAUAAAAGGUAUGCGCGGCUUCCUAAUCGGCCAGCAGGGUCAGGGCGUUAAGGAGAUCUCACACAUCCUAAACAUAACGCGCAUGCAAAAUAUAAUCUCCUCGGUGGGCGCCUGGGGUCGUGGACUGGCAGUCAGUCGCGCAUUCGCUAGAGUCAGGAGCGUCGGCGGAAAACUGCUUUGCGAUGUUCCAGCGCACGUCAGAGGGUUGGCACAGGAGCAUGUCAGGUAUACAGCUCAUAUGCAUUUAUCGUUUUUCAUUGCUGCGCUGCUCGGUCGAUCCGAGGGAUCAAAAGAUACAUCCGCAGCGGCGGCAUCGAGUAUCCUACCGCAAGACGUAAACCGCAUAAACGCACUCUACCGCCUCCUCACGCCCAUCGCCAAAGMCCAAACGGCUCUAAGUGCAAUAAAUGGUCUCAGGGCGUGCAUGGAGUCCCUGGGAGGGGUCGGGUAUCUCGAGAACGAGGAUCCGGAACUGAACAUUGCGCGAUUGUUCAGGGAUUGUAAUGUGCUUGCGAUCUGGGAGGGGACGACGGAUAUCAUGGCUGAUGAUUUUGUGCGUGUUGUGAAGAGAGGGAAAGACGGAGAAAAAGUGCUGGAUAUCUUCGAGGAGUGGCUUGCGAAUUCGUUUCGUGCUGCGGAGUCGGCUGGGUUGAAGGCAGAAGCGAGUAGGUUGAGGACGGCGGCGGGGCAGAUACUGAAAGAUUUGCGGUCAAAGGAUAAAGAGGAAUUGGCAUGGCGAGGGAGGGACUAUCUGAGGGAUAUUGAUUGGUUGGUUUGUGGGUGUCUGUUGAUUCAUGAUGCGGUCAGAGAUGGGGAUGCGGUUGCGAAAGAGGUCAUGUCAAGGUGGAUUUAUACUACACGGGACGCAUCUCAAGAUUGGAGGGCGGAAAGUGUCUGGGAUCGAAAGAUUGUGUUUGGGGAUGAGAAUUUGUCGGCUAAAUUGUAA